AUGUGCGGCGUGUGGUAUUGGUGGAGUGUUGCAUGUGCGGCGUGUGGUUUGGAUGGAGUGUUGCAUGUGAGGCGUGUGGUUUGGAUGGAGUGUAUGUGCGUUGUGGUGAAUGUGCGUGUGGUAUUGGUGACUGGAGGUGUUGCAUGUGAGGCGUGUGGUUUGGAACGAGUGUGGUAUGUGCGGCGUGAAUGUGCGGUAUGGGGUAACUGGGGUGUUGCAUGUGGGCGUGUGGUUUGGAUGGGUUUGCAUGUGCGGCGUGUGGUAUUGGAUGGAGUGUGGUAUGUGCGGCGUGAUGUGCGUUGGUUUGGAUGGAGUGUGGUAUGUGCGGCGUUGUGCGGUAUGUGGUAA